AAAUGGCGCUGCUGGUUGUAGGAAAAACUAAGCUUGGAGCUAGCUUAUAAUCAUGGCCUCUAUGAAGCAAGAGUUUUUCCUCAUGAUCUUACUGCUGCUCAGCAUCUUCAGAUCAUCGCAAGGAAGGGGGUUCACGAAGCCGAGGUACCCUUACAUCAAGAAAGCAAGCGGCUUCUCAUCAGCACCAGGGGAAGCAUACGACUACAUCAUAGUGGGCGGAGGCACCGCAGGGUGCCCCUUGGCUGCCACCCUCUCUCACAAGUUCAAGGUGUUGCUGCUCGAGAGAGGCGGCUCCCCCUACGGCAACCGCAACAUCUCGCGUUUGCAGAACUUCCACAUCUCUCUGGCUGACACCUCCCCCAGUUCGCCGGCGCAAGCUUUCAUCUCCACUGAUGGAGUCAUCAAUUCUCGAGCUCGAGUGUUGGGUGGUGGGACUUGCAUCAACGCUGGCUUCUACACCAGAGCCAGCCCCAGCUAUGUGAAUGCAGCAGGUUGGGAUGGCCAGCUGGUGAACGAGUCGUAUCCAUGGGUGGAGAAGAGGAUAGUCUACUGGCCCAACGUUGCACCUUGGCAGGCUGCGCUCAGGGACGGGCUGCUGGAAGCCGGCGUCUCUCCUUUUAACGGGUACACUUUUGACCAUAUCUACGGAACCAAGGUUGGUGGCACCAUCUUCGACAGGAGAGGUUUCCGGCACACCGCCGCCGAUCUGCUUGCUGCUGGGAACCCGAACAACCUCAGGGUCUUGCUUCGUGCUAGUGUACAAAAGAUCGUUUUUGACACUCAAGGGCGACGGCCGAAGGCGGUAGCGGUGCAGUUCAAGGAUGAGAAUGGGCGGCAACAUCAAGCGGUUCUCGCUGAUGGGGAGGGCGGCGGCGACGUCAUACUGUCCGCCGGCGCCAUUGGCAGUCCUCAGUUGCUCCUCCUCAGCGGGAUCGGACCCAAGCAUGACCUCGAGAAGAUGCGGAUUCCUGUUGUCCUCCACAACCAGCAUGUCGGGAAAGGGAUGUCCGAUAAUCCCAUGAACUCCAUCUUCAUCCCCACUAAGAAGCCGGUGCGGCAGUCGCUCAUCCAGACGGUGGGGAUCACAAAGAUGGGCACCUUCAUCGAGGCCAGCAGCGGGUUCAGCCAGUCCAGCGACAGCAUCCAGUGCCACCACGGCAUAAUGUCCGCCGAGAUUGGGCAGCUCUCCGCCAUCCCACCGGCGCAAAGAAGCCUGGAGGCGGCGCAGAAGUACGCCAGAAACAAGCAGAACCUGCCCCGGGAGGCAUUCCGUGGGGGCUUCAUACUGGAAAAGAUCGACGGCCCGCUCUCCACCGGUGAAUUGAGCCUCCUCGACACCGACGUGGACUGCAGCCCCUCCGUCACCUUCAACUACUUCAGCCACCCGUACGACCUGAAGAGGUGCGUGUACGGCAUAAGGACGAUCGAGAAGAUCGUGCGGACGAAGCACAUAGCCAAGCUGAGCGGCGUGGACGAGUACCCGAUGGAGGUGCUGCUGAACAUGAGCGUGAAGGCGAAUCUGAACUUGGUGCCGAAGCACACCAACGACACCGCGUCAAUCCAGCAAUUCUGCAGGGACACAGUGAUCACCAUUUGGCACUACCACGGAGGGUGCCAUGUGGGUAAGGUGGUGGAUCACGACUACCGCGUGAUGGGUGUCGCCGGGCUGAGAGUGAUCGACGGCUCAACAUUUGUGAACUCUCCUGGCACUAAUCCUCAAGCAACCGUGAUGAUGAUGGGCAGAUACAUGGGAGUGAAGAUACUGAGGGAAAGACUGGGAAGAGCAGCUGAAGUAUAGAGAGGAGGAAAUGCAUGGCUCAGAUACAGGGAAGAAUGAUUGUAAUGUUCGUUGAUCCAACGUUUCCGUUUG